GGCCUGCUUCGGCCUUUACCAUGUGAAGCGCAAGUUGGGCUACAGUAUGGGGGACUUUAACGCCUGCUACACAAAAGCCAGACAUUGCCACUGAGAUGCUGACCACGUUUAGUUAGAAAGUCCUUUGCUGUACGUCGCAGAUCCUCCUCAGAACCCCUUCUAUGCGGUUGACCGUUUCUUCGGGAAGACUGAACUCAGCCAGGUGGUGCCUCUCUCCCCAUCCUCCGGGGUUCCGCCCUGCCUCCAAGGGCAUGAACACGCCAAUUCGUUAUGUUGUUGCCCCAUCAAUUUUCCUUGAAGUAACCGACAUCCCCGAUCACUCUGCAAGGGCAGUGCGCGUGUACGACUACCUCACACAUAACCUGAUCAACAAAUACGCCCCCGACCACGCCUCAGCCGAACAAACUGCAAGUGCAUGGAAAUCAGGUCGUAGUGCAAAACUCCACAAUGGGAUAUUUGAAUACCUCAACCAAACUCUUGGCGUUGAGGGCGGGCUUUCCCUCCCUAGGUCCAUUCUCGAAGACAGUUGGUGCUUAUGAUAUAUGCGUGUUAGUUGGGUCUUUUGCGACCACGGCCCUUCCUUCCCACUGCGAUGAAGCUGCUCCUGUUGUUAUAAUUGCGUUUACAAGGCCAUCCAUCUUCUUCGUUUUCCUCCCCAAGAUCGUUUCGAUAUCCAGCUUCGUUGCGAUCACAUAGCAAC